AUGCCGGGCUUCGACUUCUCCAACUACAACCGUAACCGGGCCCUCCACGCGAAGGGAGUGCCGCUGCCCAAGGCUACGAGCACCGGUACAACCAUUGUGGGAUGCAUAUUCGACGGAGGUGUUGUGAUCGCUGCUGAUACCAGAGCUACCAGUGGACCAAUCGUGGCAGACAAGAACUGUGAAAAAAUCCAUUACAUAGCGCCCUCAAUAUGGUGUGCCGGAGCCGGUACCGCAGCAGACACUGAAUUUACCACCAACCUCAUCAGCUCCAACAUCGAACUUCACGCACUCUCCACCGGCCGCCCUCCCCGCGUCGCCACCUGCAUGACCAUGCUCAAGCAGCACCUAUUCCGUUACCAGGGCCACAUAGGCGCAUAUCUAGUCGUUGCCGGCGUCGACCCAACCGGCACCCACCUCUUUACCGUCCACGCCCACGGAUCCACCGAUAAGCUCCCAUACGUGACCAUGGGCUCCGGUUCGCUCGCCGCCAUGUCCGUCUUCGAAUCGACGUGGAAGCCAUCCCUAACCAAGGAGGAGGCCAUCAAGCUUACAUCUGAUGCUAUCCAGGCUGGUAUCUGGAACGAUUUAGGAUCUGGAAGUAACGUCGAUGUCUGUGUGAUCGAGAAGGAUAAGCCUACUCAGAUGAUGAGGAACUUCCUCACGCCAAACGAGCGAGUUGAGAAGGAGAGAAGCUAUAAGUUCAAGAGGGGCACAACUGCGUACUUAGACCAGCAAGUAAUCACCAAGGCUGACCUAGCACGAUAUGUAACCGUCGAGGAGUUAAGUGGAGAGGAGGCUGUGGCAGAGAAGAUGGACGUUGAUGUCUAG